AUGUGGCGUAAGAAUGCCAGGCUCUCACUUGCUCCCAUUGUCCGCGUCAGUGUGAAUUUGAAUGGAAGUCUUCUCACUGCCGUAGAUGAUGCUGGCUCGGUGAUUCUGCAGCCGAUGGACGGCACGGCAAGGUGGGAAUGCAGCCUUGCAAAUGUGGAAAGCACUGCCAUUAUGGCUGACAUGCUUUUAUUCACUCUGAAGGGCGAGAGCCAAUGCUUCUUUUGGAAAAAGCAGAGUGGAGACGACACCGUACACGAGGUAUUGCUGCCGCGGGACGCCGCGAUGAAUGCGACGCUGGAGCUUGCAGCUGCCGAGGUUGGGGGCUCCAUAGCUGUGGUUUCAAACUCUGAGGAACGCAAUGUGAUUUACGUCUAUACCGCUUCCGAUUGGAAUUUGACAAACCAGUUUUUCGGUCACUCUGGGCGUAUUGUUCAAGCUUUUUUUGCGGGUGAUUUUCUCUUUAGUGCGGGGGCGGACUGCACUGUGCGGCUUUGGAGUCUGCUGCGGCAUGCGGAGCGGGCAUCGUACACCCACGCCUGCGCCAUAGUUGCGGCGGCGCCGGGCCCCUUAGCGACCCUCUUCUUAGCGGACGAGCAAUCACGGCUGUACCACUUACAUGUAGAGAACAUUGCCUCUGCGGCGCACGCGCGCUUUGUUGCGGAGGCGCUGGAACUGUCCCUGACCAUUCCAACCACGGCGCGGGUCCGAGAGGUCACGUACGCCUCCGACCUGCUUGCCAUGUCCACGGCGGACGGCUCAGUGUGCUUGGUGGACCUGCGCCAGGGCGGGACGGUCAGCAGGCUGUCCGACUACAAGUGCCUUUCGCUUGCCUUCGCCGCCGAGGGGGACGAGGUGCAUGUCGUGACGGGCCACUCGACUGGUGAGGUCGUUUUGCACCUUGUGCGUUUCGCUGAACCGAUGUAA